ACAGCCCCAGCAGCUCGGCGAAGCGGCGGCGCGACUCCUGCAGGCUGGCGAUCGGCGCUGGGCUGGCCGGAGGCGGCGGCGGCGGCGGCCCGGUGGCGGCAGCUGCGGGCCUCGCCAUGUGCCCCUGCUCCCUGCCCGGCCGCCCCCCGGCCGCGUGUGUCUGCCCCACCACCUCCACCACCUCAAGCGGCGGCAGCAGCAGCGACGGCGACAGCCCGGCCGGGGCGCGCGUCUCCGCGGCGCAGCUCACCGCGGCGCGCCUCAAGGCGAUCGGCGAUGACUUGCAAGCCAGGACGGCGCCCAGGGCUGCGCGGAGCCGCCGGGCGUCCGCCGGCACCGGCCUGGCCACCUCCUUGGCACUGCUGGCCGCCUUGGCCUGGCUGAGCCGCAGGGGCCGCGCGUAGGGCGGACGGAGCGACGGCGCCUCGACGGGCGGCCGAGCAAGUCAGUGGCACCGGUGGCAGGCUGAAGGAAGAUCUAGGUGCUUGGGAAGUUUCCCCUGUUCCUGCCAGAUUCCCGCGCCUGAACAGCGGACGUGAAGAGUGGGAUAGAAGAAGAAGAAGGUUGCUGGGAGAGAUCCCCGAGUGACGCGGACGGAGGGAGCUGCAGUGCAGUCUGGCAGUGGAACGCAGACAGGCGUCCGAACACGCUUUUGUACAGAAGAAGAAUGUAAACCCUCCUGUGGUCAAACGUCCAUCCGUGCAUGCCUUGUACAGCAGAGGUCUGAGUGGCGUGUGAGUCGCUGGGUUAGUGGUCCCCUCCCGCACAGCUCCCCUUAGGCUGCGGGUGUCACUUCCCCUUUCCCCAAAGCAGAGAGGCAUCAUGCUGUAUUUGACAUGACCAGGAGCUCCUUUGAGCUGUUAUUCGUAAUAAUAUCUGGUCAUGGGGUGGGGGUGUGCACGGCCCUGGGAAGAAGCAGUCUGUGUGUGUGCGUGUAGAUAUAUAUAAAUAUAUUAUAUAUAGAAAGAGGUGGAGUGUACAUAUCUCAGUCUAAAGGUGCAGGAGGGAGGGCCAAUAAGGGUUAUCUAGACCUUUUGUUUUCUGGUGCUACAGAUAAGAUUUGCCUGGAGCGAAAGUGUCUCCUUGGUGCUAUUUUGUUUUUUUCUUAAAUGAUCUUUAGUCUAUAAUGUGGAACUGGGAGAUGUGUAUUUUGAUAAUUUAUAUUUCUAGGUAAGGAAAGGGUGCUUUUUGUCAUUAUGUCCAUCCUUUUCUGACAAUUGAAUAGCUUUACUUUAACUUCACCCCAGAGGUCCUCAAAACUUUUUGAGUCUGUGGGAACCUUUGGAAUUCUGAUAUAGUGUGGUCACCACAGCCACAAAAUGGCUGCUGCAGGAGGCGGAGCGCAUCACAAAAUGGCUGCCACAGCUUACCUUCAGUGAAGAUCCUUGUGCUGUAGUGCAGCUGCUGCCAAAGCAGCAUUUUACAAACUCUGCAGAGCCAAUCAAAUCUCCAGUGGUCAAUCAGAAUCUUUGCUGGGCAAAAGC